AUGGCCGCGCCAGUGGGAAUAUUACGAAAUGCUAACCAGACGCAACAGGCACAAGAAACUUUGCAACAUGAAACUUUAGUAAAAGCAGGAUACCUUGCUAAAAGACAAGAGAGACGGAAAGUAGGGAAUAAGAAUUGGAAAAAGAGAUGGUUUGUGUUAAGGUCAACAAAGUUGGCUUAUUACAAAAGUGAAAAGGAAUAUGAGCUUUUGAAAAUUUUGGACUUGAAUGAUAUUCACGCGGUUGCUGAGGUGAAGGUGAAAAAUAGGUCCAAUGUAUUUGGUAUUGUUACGCCUAAGCGUACAUUUUACGUCCAAGCGGAAAAUAAAAAAGGUCUUGAUGAUUGGGUGGAUGCAAUAAAUAAAGUCAAGAAAGAAGUUCAAGAAAAUGAUGAACUUUUUGAUGAUGAAGGAAGUCAAGCUGAUGCUGAAGAUACGGUGACAAAAGGGAAAAAAACUAAACGUCUCACUAUUCAAUUAAAAUCCAAAAUUUCAGCGCCAGUUUCGGAUAAACAGACUACUAAAACCUCGGCGAAAGAGACAUCUGCUAUUGAUAUUCCAAAUUCGCAAGUUCAAACAGCAGAACAUGGUGAAGGUGGAAAUUCAUACGUAUCAGUUUCCUCUUUUACAUCCGGAGGCUCCAUUCCUAAUGUAUCAUCACAACCUUCAAGUCCGGUAACAGCUAAUUUUGUGCCGGAAAGAAAGGAUAGUAGUGAUCCUACUGCCAGUUCUGAAGAGGAAGAGGGAGGCCCCGUUGAUGUAACAGGUGAAAAUGUCAAUAAUGAUGGUCGUGAAAUCCAAAAAGGAUAUUUAUUUAAACUUGAUAGAUAUAAGGCAACUUGGAAAAAAAGAUGGUUUGUACUAGAUAACAAGAAACUAGCAUAUUACAAAGACCCUAAGGAUCAUCGUCCUCAUUUGAAUCUUAAUCUUUCGGAUAUUCUCGAUGCUAUCGAAACUGAUUCUUCUCCCUACAAAUCAAGACAACAUUGUUUCAAAAUAAUUACUCCUAAACGAACAUAUAUUUGUUGUGCUCCUGAUGAAAAAUCUCUAGUAACGUGGUUGGCUGCUCUACAA